AACCGCUCUCUAAUGGAUUGAGCCAAAAUGAGUUAUCCACAAACCUGAACUUUAGCAGAGGAUAUAUACAAGGAGCUGGCCAAAAGGGUCUUUCUUUCACACUACCAUUAGCAGAGAACCCUGCUUCAAAUUUUGGGUCCGUUUGGUUGCUGAGGAAUUGAAAGAAGAGUAAAAUAGAUUUAGCUGUCCUGAGAAUCUUAGCCUUCUCUUAGCAACGAAACGACCCAAAUUGGGUUAUUGGAAGGAACUUCCCUUGGUGUCUUAGUCCGUCUCACAAUCAGGAUGCAGCUGGAGGUUACGGCUGAUACUACUAACCUGAGCUAUUGGUUGAACUGGAGAGUCUUGCUAUGUGCAAUUUGGUUAUUCACACCGAUUGUUAUAGCAUUAUUAAUGAUAUGGAAAUAUGAUGCUUCAGGCCAUUUGAAAUCUGACAGGAGAGAAACUCAGCAGGAUGCAAAUCAGGAUUUAUGCAGUGAUAAAACGUGGAAACCGUGCCUCAAAGAAAUUCACCCAAUUUGGUUGCUGAUUUAUCGAGUAACUGCAUUCUCUCUGCUUUUGGCAACACUGAUUGCCAGAGUUGUUAUCAGUGGAGGUGGCAUAUUUUACUACUAUACUCAGUGGACUUUUACCUUGCUUACCAUUUAUUUUGGGUGUGGAUCUCUUCUCUCCAUUUAUGGAUGUUGGUGGUACAAUAAAAUCAGCAGCAUGGUUACUUCAGGCGAUUAUCAUGUUGGGACAGAUGCAGAGGAUGGAGCGUACAUUCCCCUUGAAUACCAGGAGAAAGACUCAAAUCCUGAAGAGGAAAGUUGUCUUCACCUAGCAGCAGCCAAAUGCAGUUUUGUCUUUGAAGCUAUGUUCCAGAUGAAUGCUGGGGCAGUGAUGCUUACUGAUUGCGUUUAUUGGAUCGUUAUAUUUCCGUUUCUCACCAUCAAAGAUUACAAUCUGAAUUUUAUGACCGUGAACAUGCACACAAUCAAUGCCGUUUUACUCCUUGGCGAUGCAAUGUUGAAUUGCUUGCGACUCCCCUUUGUUCGGAUAUCUUUAUUUAUUUUAUGGACGGGUGCUUUUGUCAUAUUCCAGUGGACCAUUCAUGCUUUUGUAUCAGUAUGGUGGCCAUACCCAUUUCUUGACUUAUCAUCACCAUAUGCCCCGCUGUGGUACUUACUGAUGGCAUUGACUCAUAUCCCAAGCUACGCUGUCUUUGCCCUAAUUGUGGGAUUAAAACAUCACCUCUUGUCAAAAUGGUUUCCCCAGUCUUACCAGUGCUAGGUAAGUAAGAGAGAUGAACUAAAGAACCACGCACUUAAUUUUCCCCCCUUAUCCAAAAUUGUAGUUUUUCGUUAUUCAAUUCGAUUUCUUUCUUUUAAAUUACUCUAUAUUAAUCUAAUUUACUGUGUGAGGGAUUCGAGCUUGA